ACAACCGUAGCGUUUAGGUUUCCACGGCAACAGUUCAGCAAACGAAACGUUUCCUGACAUGAACGACUCAUCUUUCGAUAUAGAUCGCAGGUAAAAAUGAUCAAAUCUGGAGCAGAUCUAUGGAUUUGUGUGUGAGGUAAUGUUUUGAUGCUGCAGAAUUGAUUUGCAUUGUCAGUGUUUAAGAAUCCUUUACACGUAACAACAUGGGCAACACACAGCUGAAUUGGAACGUCAGCCAGUCAACAACCGGAUGAACUUUCAACAUUUAACGAAAAUAACGCUUAGUAACGUAAUUUAGCUAGCUGAAUUAAACUGAAAAUAAAUAUUUUUUUUAUCACUCCUAAUGUUGAUUUUGCGACAUGAAGACGAUCGUCUUUGACCAACAACGCCAUCAUGAGCUCAACGGGCCUGAGGCGCUGAAACAGUCAAAAGUAAAAUUUAACAUGACCAAAGACUCUAGUCCAAGGGAUAAUGUGCCCGAUUUACCGCUGAUGUGGGAUUCCCUGGAGUCAGAUACUGAGAGUUUGGUGCAGGAGAAGGAGUACCAGCGAGAGCUUCAGGUGUGCAGUGACCUCCUCUCUGCUGAGAACUUCAAACAACACUGUGCUAAGACUGACAGCGAGGAAGAGCAUCUUGAUGUUGAUGAUAGUCUGGAUCUAAAACCAAGACGGGUGAAGGGACAACAUGCGUCACUGAGACAAACUCCCCCUGAAGAUGAAUACGCAUACUUGCGCUACGACCCAAACUGGAGGAAGAAUCAGGAAGGGGCUCAGGUUUUCGACCAGCUAAAUGAGAGACUUUCUCUCGACUCGUUUGAGGGGUCUGAAGAUAGUAUUGAACCUUUGGAGAACUUUGCUCUAGGUAGCAGGCAAGAUUAUGUCGUUGUCAGUAAUCCACCCACAGCUCAGAUGGAAAAUGCUUUAUCCCAGCCACCUUCACCUCCUUUCCACCUGCACCCACAACAGGAAGACAUUCUCGAUACACCCGAAUCAAAAAGUUCUUGCAUGUCCUCUGAAGGCACACCACGGGAUGAUGGAAAGCAUCUGAAUGUCAAAUCAGUUUCUCCCCAGAAGACAAGAUCACGACAUCUGUCUGAUCUGAGGCCAGUCAGAGAUAAGGAAGACAUUGUGGAGCGUAACAAAGCAACUCUUGGUAUCACACAUAAGCAGGGGUCUUACCUGAAAGCUCAUCAGCAUAAGGAUAAACCAGAUGAGACAAAGCAACCCAGGAAAACCUCUUACGAGACUAUCAGCACUCGUAGCCCGGAGAGUCAAGACAAUGUCCGGGAUCCCGAGCUGAUGUGGCUCCAAAAAACACAAAAACUAAAGCAGAGCCAUAAAGAGAGGAAGGAACCGAAGAGGAGGGAGCGAACCAGCAACCACCAAGAUCAGCUCAAGCCACCGGUUCCUGAAUCCAAACCCAGAGCACACCUUAAACCCCUUACAGAGAGACACGUCAUCAGCGUUGAUCACCUAUCGCAGGACUCUGAGGAAACUCCAGUGGCCUACCCCCAUGAUCCACCACAACACCAGUCUGGACUUCAAUCUCACAGUCAUGCUCCACCAACCGUCAACCUUAACAUAAACCUCCACACACAUGCCAAUCCAGCACAGCCACUGAAUCUUUCCCAGAAAGAGACCAUUUUAACGCUUGUUUCUCAAGCACUGCAAUGGGACAGGCCUGAUCUGUUUAAUCCACCCUUUUUACAACAAGGUUAUCACUCUGUGCUUCCCAAUUCAGAAGGGCAGAUGGGAUUAGCUCCAAACGCUGUUGUAUCUUCCCCAGCCCCCCUCUCUGGAGUGGUAUACGCUGUGGACAGAAGUGUUCCCCAGAGGCAUGCUGGGAAACCUCUUACCAAUGCAUUUGAAAAUUCAUCAUUCAAGAAUCACAACAGACUCAGGAUACCAAUACUAAAAUUGCCCACAUCUCCUCAAGUGGAGGCCAGCCACUAUCCACCUGAGCUUUUGCCCAAUGAUGAGGAGAGCGUGGGACCCUUUGUGCCCCCAACGCAGAUAUCUGCUCCUUACACGGUGCUGCCCCCUAUAGGACGAGCUAACGGCAGCGACACAGAACUCGGCUCGGAUAGAUCAGAGCAGCAGAUGAAUCCAAUCCACAGAAGCAGCUCAGAAGGUUACCUUUCACAAAUGGAAAAACUCAGACAGCUGAAGGCUAAAACAAAUUAUAAGGCUUAUACGCUAAAGGACUACAAAGACAUGAAACAGGAGGUGAAGCUUGGAGGUCUUGGACCAACAAACACAAUACCAGAAGCUGUGGCAGAGAAAAUUAGACGACAGAAGCUGUAUUCAAAUGUGAUCCGCGAACAGAACAAGAAGAUAAGUAGGAUUCCAUCUCUGUCAGCCAAGGACCCAGUGGGCAGUGACAACAAGGACACCGUUCCCAGGAUGAAGGCUUUAGAAUAUGCCAAAACUAUUGCAAAGCCCAAACCCCCUCCAAAGGUAAAGGACAGCAACGGAAAGCAGCCCCAGAAUCCGCAGGAAACGGACUCAAUCCAUCUGGCCACUCUGGAGAUGUUGAGACGGCACGAGGAUGAGAAACGUGCCGUGGCUCGCUUCAGAACCAUUCAUGCCAUUUAAUCUAAAGCCUUUAUUCACUAAGAUGCAACAGGCAUGAGUUCUGUUAACUGCACUUCUAUAGAAUCCUUAUUUUUCCUUGCUUUAACUUUGUGUGUACUGUAUAUAUACCUAAUACUUCUUGUAAUCCUGCUCAUUUGCAAAGCACUGAAAGUGGAACAGGUGUGUAGCACAUAAUCCACUGCUGACUAAUUCCAAAAACAAUUUUUCUAUAUAUAAAGAAAUCUGGAAUGAAA